ACAACUUUAUUUGUUUGUUUGUAUUAUUAUAUAUAUUAGAAGAAGGAAACCCCAUCUUUAUAUUGUCUCUCAGCUUAUUUCAAUCUGCUACAUUGGUACCCAGAGCAGUAAACUUUCUCUCUGGAUUCCUCCUGCUCAGGAAUUUGGAGAGCGGUCACGACUAAAGCAAAACCAAAUUUCUGGGGGUUGGAAAUGGAGUUUUCCAGGAUUUUUAUGAUUAGUAGUUCUGUGUUGCUCUUAUGCUCCUCCUUGGCAUAUGGUCAGGAUGCUAGUCCUCCGGCUCCUGCCGCAAUGAGCCCCAGUCUAACACCCGCACCGGCACCCUCACCGGCAUAUGUAAACCUCACUUAUCUGCUCUCGGUGGCUGGUCCAUUUCACACUUUCCUCGACUAUCUUGAAUCCACUAAAGUCAUGGAUACCUUCCAAAACCAAGCCAACUACACUGAACAAGGCAUUACAAUUUUUGUGCCGAAGGACAGUGCAUUCAAGGCCCUUAAGAAGCCUUCUUUAUCCAAUCUCAGUGAUGACCAACUUAAAUCACUCAUCCUUUUCCAUGCCAUGCCCAAAUUCUACUCCCUUGCAGACUUCAACGACCUCAGUGCCAAAGGCCCUAUCAGUACACUUGCUGGUGGCCAAUACACUUUGAAUUUCACAGACAAUUCCGGCACCGUGCACCUCAAUUCGGGAUGGAGCAGAACAAAAGUCACCAGCGCUGUGCACUCGACUGAUCCUGUUGCUAUAUAUCAAGUUGAUAAGGUACUUCUUCCAGAGGCGAUCUUCGGCACAGAUAUACCUCCGAUGCCUGCCCCUGCCCCAGCCCCUGAUAUUACACCCUCUGCAGAUGCUCCAUCGGCAGACUCCAAGGGAGCUGCUUCGCCAUCCAAGUCUUCACCUUCAACUUCAUCGUCCCAUAUGAUAAUGAACAUGGGCAUAUGGAGCCAGCUGGUUUUGGCACUCUUUGGCGGGUGGCUCCUGUUCCUCUAAGAUAGGGACUUCACCGAGUUUAAUUUAUGUUCAGAGGAGGAAGCAUAUCUGGGUUUCUGAAUUUACUUUUGUUUUUUAAAA